UAAAGAUGGACCCUCGCCCCUCUUCUUCUCGUCUGUGUCUCAUCCUCGUACUUCAUCGUCAUCCUACGGUUGCUUCCUUCUCCCCUCUCGUACGCCUCAGUCAUGGCCAUCAAUAACUCCUCCCCGGAUCUUUCCGACUCCGAGCGCAGCGAGCUGCCAGAGAAGGACCACCGCACCGGCCACCUCGAGUACGUGCGCGAGGUAGAGCCCGUCGCCUCUUACUCGCCGACCGCAACAAAGCGCCUGCUCCGCAAAAUCGACCUGCGCCUCAUCCCCUUCCUCGCCCUGCUCUACCUCCUCAGCUUCCUCGACCGCACCAACAUCGGCAAUGCGCGCCUUGCGGGCCUCGAGGAAUCUCUCGGCAUGUCUGGACUUCAGUACAACCACGCCCUUGCCAUCUUCUUCCCCUUCUACGUCAUUGUCGAGGUGCCGUCGAACAUGAUGAUGAAGCGUACUCGUCCCGCUCUCUGGAUCCCGUUCAUCAUGGUCUUUUGGGGUAUCACCACGACGCUCAUGGGGUUGGUGGAUAGCUAUGCCGGGUUAAUGGUCGCUCGUGCCGCGCUUGGUAUCGCAGAGGGUGGUCUCUUCCCUGGUGUGGCAUUCUACAUCACACUCUGGUACCGCCGACACGAAUGCGGCUUUCGCAUGGCCCUCUUCUUCUCCGCCGCCACGGCUGCUGGUGCAUUCGGCGGACUAUUGGCACGAGGCAUCAGCGAGAUGGAUGGUGUCGCUGGCAGAGAUGGAUGGGCAUGGAUCUUCAUCCUCGAGGGUCUGGCCACUCUGGUCGUCGCCAUCGUUGCAUUUUUCGUAAUGUACGACUAUCCCUCGACCGCCAAAUUCUUGACCGCAGACGAGAAGGUAGAGGUCACCCAGCGCCUCAAGCUCGAUCGCAGCUCGCUCGCCGACGAGUACGACCUGAAGUAUCUGAGACAAGCUUUCGGCGACUGGAAGAUUUGGGUUCACAUGUUCAUCACCAUCGGCAACUACACGCCAGUCUACUCGGUCGCGCUGUUCAUGCCGACCAUCGUGGCAGGUCUGGGCUACAGCAACGAAACCGCGCAACUCAUGACCGUGCCCCCCUACGUCGUCGCCUGCGCCUUCUGCAUCACCGGCGGCUACCUAGCCGACAAGUUCAAAAGCCGCGGCAUCUUCAUGAUCGGCUUCUUCUGCAUCGCGCUCGUGGGCUUCGUCAUGCUCAUCGCCAGCACCAACCACGGCGUGCAGUACGCCGGCGUCUUCUUCGUCGCCGCGGGCAUCUACUCCAACGUCCCGCAGGGCGUGUCGUGGAACGGCAACAACAUCGGCGGCUCGACGAAGCGCGGCGCUGGCGUUGCUAUGCACGUUUCCUUUGGAAAUCUCGGCGGUAUCAUUGCCGCGUACAUCUACCGUCCUGCUGACUCGCCGAGGUAUUUGUCCGGUCAUGGUACGUUGAUUGGACUUAUCACUAUGAGCACGUGUUUGAGCAUUUUCAUGACGCUGUAUCUGCGGCGGGAGAAUGAACGGCGCGAUGCGGUGAAGCCGGUGGAGGCGUAUACUGAGGCGGAGCGGGUGGCGGAGAGGGAGCGUGGGGAUUACGCGAGUUUCUUCCGCUACACCGUGUAGACUAGACCUCACAAUAAGUGAGUGCGGCAACGCAGCAUCGGCCCGCAGAUAUACAGAUCAUCAGAAGGGUUGAAAAGUAUCGAUGGUAGUCUCCGUGGUCGC